CUUGAGUGCAGAAUUAGAAUGAAAGGAGUUGAUUUCGGAAACAGAGGCACAUUCCUGGAACGAGAAUGAAGUUCUCUAAAAGAAUUGCUUUGAACGAAAAAGCAUAUUUGAAAUGGAUACGUUCAAGUUUCAUGGAAAAUUUACAGCGAUAACAUCUGGAAAUCAAAAAUAGACAAAACUUUCCCCUUGAAACCAGGCCGCAACCAUCCAUAUGGACGAUGGAUCUGAAUCGCCGUUUCUACGAAGUCGCAGCGUACUGUUUAGAGCCAGUGCAAAUGGUGACCAAGAUCGUCCACCAGAACCAGCAUCUCGUUUCUCCACUUCCCUCUUAGGGAGUGAUGUAGCUAUUCGCCUGUACCAAAGCGUUCGAAGAACAGAUAUCUCACCAAGUCAUGUCGAACUGAACAACGCUGAGACAACCAGUACCGCAGAAUCCAACGCACCGCAAUGCCGGAUAUGUCGGUAUAUGAGUCAAACGAAUCAGCUCAUUCCUUGCCCCUGCAAAUGUACAGGAAGCGUGGGGUUUAUCCACUUAAAGUGCUUGAACAGAUGGAUUCGAGUUCGACGAACAAAACUGUGCGAAAUAUGCAAACAGGAAUACAACACUCCGGCAUUGGAGAGGAAAUACUUUGCAUUGUUUCUGGCCUUUUUCCGUCCAAAGUAUUUGGGAGUUAUUUUAAAGGACAUAUUUAACAUAAUGUCCGUUACUCCACUAGUAUAUUUCACUGUAUACCAGCUUGUGGAGACAAUGGAAGCUACCAGCGAGAAACCGUCCAUUAAGCUCAUGGUUUUCGGCCCCACCCUCUUACUUGCUACAAGUGUCUACUUCUUCUUAUACUUUGAUUGGGCCUUAUCUUGCAUGAUGCGAAUGAAGAGCGUCCUUAAUCAUUGGUGGAGUUUCGGGGAUCAAGAUGACGAUGAACUGGAUGAUUUCUUGCCGGACUUCAACUUUCGAGAGAACGAUUUCUUUGAUCUGGAUUUUUAAUUGUGGCUCAUGCACACUGGGGUAGAAAAAUUUGCAACUGGGUCCCUCCACAGAAAUUCAGUAAAGUUAAAUUGUAUUUCUUAAGUUAUGGAGAAAUUGUUUGCGAAGCAACCUGGUGAAAAAAUGCUCGAGUUCAAAUGGAGCUGUGCACUUUUAUUAAUAUCCUCGAUGACUUCAUGUCAAGUAAAGGGUAUAAGGGGCAUUUCAAAAAAACAGGCGUCAUUUCCAUAUCAACUUGAAAAAACAGAAUAUAAAUAAAUCUCUAAAUUUUCACUUCUUCACAAAUAA